AUGACCAUGCCACUCGUGCAAGCUGUCUCAUUCCCACAAUUUCCACAACGCAAGGCUCUCAUAAGCCUUUUCAAGGAUGUACCUGAAGAAAACCUAAAAACAAUCAAGGAACAGCUCAUUCAAGCAAAUCCUAAAUAUGACUACUGUUUUUUGAACACCAAGUAUAUAAUCUCCUUAGAGCAGCUACAAAACUCAAUCCAUAAGUCUAUUCUACAUCUUGAGCACAAUUCAAUGCAAGCAAAGACGUUGAAUACGGAAAUAUUGUUGAAUUUAUCACCAGUCAAUGUGAUUUCUGAGGCAAUUAAACGUUUCGGUAUACUGGAUGACUGUUCUAACGUGAUUGUAGUGAAGGUAGUGCUGCUGGAUGAAGAUAUUGUUACGUUUAAAAGGGAAUUAGGUGAUAUAGUUGGUGGAGAAGGUGUGGCAAUUUCCGAUGAGGUCUUGUUGGAGUUGGUUGAUGUGUCGAAAUUCAAAAAGAUUUACAAAUUGAAUGAUGCAGCUUUUAGUUCUGAGGAAAAUCUUCAAGGGCAAUUGACAAGGUUGGCAAUCGGAGCGUGCCUUUUAAGAGGUUACUAA